AAAAGGAAAUACGAAAAACAAGGGUAUAAUUUAACUCAAUAAAUAAUAUUUUCAAUGAACCACAUGGGUCUGGUGGAUUUUUUAAGCAUUUCUCAUUAAAAUAUCAGUACAGCAUUGUGAAUGUAAAAUUGAUUAUAUUUAGAAUAAUAAAUAAUCAAUGAUUAAGCUUUGAAAUAUUGUCAGCACCUCGAAUUGGUCCAUGAUUUUUUUUUUGGCCAUAAGCAAUUGAGAGAAUUUUUUUAAGGAAAUCGAAACUGAUUGGAAUCCAUUAUGAUAUGACCAUAGAGCAAAAUACCCAUCCAUGGCCGAUCUCGCCGCUGUCAUGUCUUUUAUUUAAUUUCUAUUUCAAUUAUGAAGCUCCUUCAAUGAUUUUGUGUGGGUUAUUAGUGUGGAAGUGAUCGUGUGGUGGCGCGGUCUCGGUGAUACGUCUCGUUGGUCGGCGGCACCAUGUUCAGCGGAACGGUGCGACUGCGGGUAUGUGAGGCGACGGGACUACGGCCGACCGACUUUCAGAAAAGGCACAACAUGACCUUCGGAAAACCAGGUGCGUUCCUGAAAUUAUCCCAAUAGAUCGCUUUAGACUUUUAUAUUCUCAAUUGUACACUUAAUUUUUAUAGUCUUUUAUGUUAAGCGCACAACAGUACGUCUGGAAACAACGUAACAUGUUUACCAAAAUGGAUGAAUGUAAUAUAUGUAAAUAAGCGCUAUGGUUACAGACGACCAACCGAUAGACCCGUACGUUUCGAUCGACGCUGAUGAACAUCAUCUAGACCGUUCGAGCACUAAACCCAAAACAUUUGAUCCAGUAUGGAAUGAGACCUUCACUCAUGAAGUGCAUAAUGUUACCAGGUAUGACGGCGCAGGUGAUGCGAUAAUGCCUUGCUUGGGUACAACUAGUACAAAUUAUAAUAACAUAAUCUUACUGUGCUUCAGCUUGGGAAUCACCGUGUUUCAUGAUGCUGCAAUACCUCCAGAUGAUUUUGUUGCAAACUGCACUAUUCCUUUUGAAGAUCUCAUGCAUCGAGACAAAGAUGCCAUGGAUUUUUGGGUGGAUCUAGAACCUCAUGGGAAACUGCAUCUCAAAAUAGAUCUGAAAUGGAAUUCUCAAGGUAUGUGAUCAUUCCUGUUAAUAAUAAUUAAAAAAUUGGGAACUCAGAAGAUCUUGUCUUUGUUUAUCAAUAUGCAGUUAAUUUAUAGAACGAUAAUGCAAUAUUUAUAAUUUCAUAUCAUAAUAAGGAAAUUUUUCUUUUGUCUAUUUUAUCACCCAACCUAAACCGAUGUUAAAAUAAUUACAAUUUUAUUAAAAUUUCCACUUAGAUUCGGAGCAG